AUGAAGGUGGAGCCGACCAAGAGCACCGACGAGACGACCAAGAAGUCUUACACGUACAAUGCCGAGCGCGUGCUUGGCAGCGGCUCCUUUGGUGUCGUGUACCAGGCAGAAGAUCUUUGGACCUUUGACAAGCAGAUGGUCGCCAUCAAGAAGGCCAACAGAUCUCCGUGGAAAGCGCAGGAGCUGCCCCUCAUGUGUGCAUCUCUUGAAGAGGUCUUCCAGGACAAGAGGUACAAGAACCGCGAACUGCAGAUCAUGAAGGAACUUCGACACCCCAAUGUCGUGGAGCUGAAGCAUGCCUUCUACACCUCAGGUGAGAAGCCUGGUGAGACUUACCUGAAUGUGGUGAUGGAGUACUGUUCCGACACCGUCUAUCGAGUCAUGAAGCACUACACGAAGAUGAAGCAACCGGUGCCUCACAUCUUCGUCCAGCUCUACUCCUACCAGAUGGCUCGUGCCUGUGCAUAUAUCCACGCCGUUGGAAUAUGCCAUCGGGACAUCAAGCCUCAAAACCUUCUGGUGGACGGUCACACGCAUGCCCUCAAAGUGUGCGACUUCGGCUCAGCAAAACCUCUAGUGAAGGGAGAGCCCAACGUCGCAUACAUUUGCUCGCGCUACUACCGAGCGCCCGAGUUGAUUUUCGGUGCCACAGACUAUGGAUUCGUGAUCGACAUUUGGUCGAUGGCUUGUGUGUCAGCUGAGUUGAUCCUGGGCCAUCCCAUCUUCCCAGGGGAGAGUGGUGUCGAUCAGCUGGUGGAGAUCAUCAAGGUGCUGGGCACUCCAACGAGAGAGGAGCUCAUGGCAAUGAACCCCAACUACACAGAGUUAGCUGAGAGGCUCUUUUCGGGUGCAAUGGAGCAGCUGAAGGCCCUCCAGCGGAAAAGCGCCUUACUCCGGAUACUCCAGGAGACCUGGGCUGAUGCGUCGAAGGAGGAGCAGGAUCUCGUGGCAGAGACCCUUCAAGCCGUGAUCCCUGCUCUGCAGAGUGCCUUCGGGUCGGAAACCUUGCAGCGGCUUGGCCUUCUCAGGCGAUUCUUUAACCUUGUCGGGGAGCUCAACAUGAGCAAUCUCGUGUCCUUGUGCUCAGAGACUGCCAAGCUCCCCCAAGCAGGAAGGAUCUGUGACCAGAAGUGCGAGGUGUCGAUCGAAGGGGUAGACUUGGCACAGUCGGCCCUGGAAGACUUCGUUAACUCUUACUAUAUGUUCCACGGCUUGAACUCGGAGAGCACGCGAGAUGUUCUGAAGUACCUUCCCAUCCUGGGCUUUGUGGAGAGCCACAUCUACGGUCUAGAUCAGGCCAACGAGGACAGCUUGCUUCCGCGAGAGGGACACUUGCCAACAUCCACGGAUGCCGAUCCGUCCGUCGAGGAUCCCUUCGGACCUUUGCGAGGAGUCCUUCGCGAACGGCAAUGGCUCACGGAACGUCUGGACCGGGAGCUGCACGAAGGCGCGCGAUUCUGGGCCCUUGAGCGAAAGCUUUGCACCGCACUCGCCACACCGAAAGCUCAGCGUGAACAGAAUUCGAUCAACCGCUGCGAUGUGGAAGAAGCUUUGCGCUUGAAGUCGUUCGACUAUCGUACCAUGAACCUUUUGCUCUAUAUCAUGAGAGGUGAGGAGCCAAACGAGGAACACAUGAAUUUUCUGGCAACGUCUGAGAUUCUUGUGGAGAUUGGGGAUGACCUUGUGGACUACUUUGAAGAUGUUGUUGAGAGAAAUUCCUUCAACCUGUACCGGUGCUUUCUGGCGAUGUACGGACCGGAUACAGGACCUGAAGAACUUCGCAAGUACAUAGCUGAAGCUGAACAUCGAUACUCUACGGCCUUCCGCAAGGUGGACGAGUCAUUGGCACAGAAGUGGCUGAAGCAGAACGAACUGCUGAAACGACACAGCUUCGGAAGCGAAGGUCCGCAGGGAGGCCAUUGGGAGCUGCCGCCUCCUGUGGAUGAAUCAGCCUGGCGAGGAUGA